CCCUCUCCCCCGGACGAUGCUGAAUUAUGAGCGUGCCACAUCAUGAGUCUCCUGGGGCGGGUAGCUGUGCGUCGAGCCACCCUGCUCUGUGUUGUGUUCCUGAUGGCGCGAGCGUGGAGCAGCGCCUCUCUGGCUAUGGCGGGGGCGGCAGCGCCAGGCCCUCAGGGCUGCCCACCGCAGUGCUCGUGUAGUAGCCAGCUGAGCAAAGUGGUGUGCACUCGGCGCGGCCUCACUCGCGUGCCCCCGGGCAUCCCCGCCAACACGCGCCACCUCAACCUGAUGGAGAAUGCCAUUGGAGAGGUGCAGGCCGACACCUUCCGACACCUGCACCACCUUGAGGUUCUGCAGCUGGGCCGCAACGCCAUCCGGCAGAUCGAGGUGGGCGCCUUCAAUGGCCUCACCAGCUUAAACACGCUGGAGCUAUUUGACAACCGGCUAACUGGGGUGCCCAGUGGUGCCUUUGAGUACCUGUCCAAGCUCAGGGAACUAUGGCUGAGGAAUAACCCCAUCGAGAGCAUCCCUUCGUAUGCCUUCAACAGAGUGCCCUCACUCAUGCGUUUGGACUUGGGCGAGCUGCGCAAGCUGGAUUUCAUCUCCGAUGGCGCCUUUGAGGGCCUGCACAACCUCAAGUACCUCAACCUGGGCAUGUGCAACAUCCGGGGGGAGAUGCCCAAUCUGAGCCCCCUGCUGGGCCUGGAGGAGCUGGAGAUCUCGGAGAACCUCUUCUCCGAAAUCAAGCCAGGCUCCUUCCGGGGCCUGCGCUCACUCAAGAAACUGUGGGUGAUGAAUUCACAGAUUGGGGUGAUCGAGCGCAAUGCCUUUGACGACCUGAGCUCACUGGUGGAGCUCAACCUAGCCCACAACAACCUGAGCGCCCUGCCGCACGACCUGUUCUCCCCCCUCAGGUACCUGGUGGAGCUGCACCUCCACCACAACCCCUGGAACUGUGGCUGUGAAGCCCUGUGGCUGGCGCGAUGGCUGCGAGAGUACAUCCCUACCAAUUCUACCUGCUGUGGCCGAUGCCACGCGCCGGCCCACAUGCGGGGCCGCCAGCUGGUGGAGUUGGACCGGGGGGAGACCGGCGUGCUGCAGUGCUCUGCCCCCUUCAUAGGCGACGCGCCAAGAGACUUGAAUAUUUCGGCAGAGCGCGUAGCAGAGCUCCGUUGCCGGACUGCACCAAUGUCCUCGGUUCGGUGGCUGCUGCCCAAUGGGACCGUCCUGACGCACGCCUCGGCCCACCAGCGGAUCGCCGUGCUCAACGAUGGCACACUCAACUUCUCCAAUGUCCUUGCGGCUGACACAGGCACCUACACCUGCAUGGUGUCCAACGCGGCCGGCAACUCAAACGCCUCGGCCUACCUCAAUGUGAGCGCGGCUGAACUCAACACGUCCAACCUCAGCUACUUCACCACGGUGACCGUGGAAGUGCCGGGACCCACCACGGAGAUGCCCAAGCCCACAACGAGCGCUCCUAACACUGGUAGGGGGGCUGGAGGAGAAGCAGGGGGAGGUGCGGUGGGCGCUGGCACCACCACCACCGCCUCGCCCUCCCUCUUUCAGCCCGUCUUCAUCUCUACUCCCACCGUUCUGCUCCAGAACACCGAGGGCCAGCCAGGCGCCCGACCGUCCGCCGUUCCUGCCUCCAAGUCUGCCACGGUCAAGCCACCCGACACAGUCCCCAGCCUGGACGAGAUGAUGAAAACCACCAAGAUCAUCAUCGGCUGCUUCGUAGCAGUCACGCUGCUGGCCGCCGUCAUGCUCAUCGCCUUCUACAAGCUGAGGAAGCGCCACCAGCAGCGGAGCACGGUGGCAGCCGCCCGUACGGUAGAAAUCAUCCAAGUGGACGAGGAGGACCUGCCGCCGCCUGCUUCUGCUGCCAACGAGAUCCGAGACCACACGCUGCCCGAGAUCCGAGACCAUACGCUGCCCGAGAUACGAGACCACAACAGCAUCCAAAAACUGGAUUAUAUCAGCCACAAAACAGACUAUGGCUUCCCCAAACCCAAAGCCGACUACAAGGGGGACUACACAAUCCACAUGCCCAAACCAGACUACAUUAUACACAAGCCCAAGGCUGAGUACACCACCUAUAAACCAACCGUGGACUACACUACCCACAAAUCUACAGUGGAAUAUAGCACCCACAAAUCUACACCAGAUUUUAGCCUUCAUAGACCAAAGGCUGACUAUAGCCCGUUCAGACCUGAAUAUAGCACUCACAAGCAGCCUAAAGCGGACUAUAGCCCCUUCAAACCUGACUACAGUACUCACCCGAGAACACCUAAAGCAGAUUAUAGCCCAUUCAAACCGGAUUAUAGCAGUAGUACUCACCCGAGAACACCUAAAGCAGAUUAUAGCCCCUUCAAACCGGAUUAUGGCACUCAUCCAAAACCCAAACCGGACUAUAGCCCAUUCAAACCUGACUACAGCACUCACCCACGACCUAAACCAGACUACAGCCCUUACAAACCUGACUACAGCACUCAGUCCAAAUCCAAACCGGAGUACAUUACACACAAAUCCAAACCGGAGUACAGUACACACAAAUCCAAACCCGACAACAGUCAAUACAAACCCAAAUCAGAACACACCCCCAAGGCCGCGCCGGACUACAUCGUCUUCAAAUCAGGCUACAACAGCCCCCACAAACAGGAUUAUGGCAACCAGAAACCCAAAAUGGAUUCCAGUCCCCACAAAGCAGACCAUCACAAGGUGGACUACCGCACCCUCAAGCCCAAAUACAACACGUACAAGCCAGCAGGACAUGGGGCUAAAUGGACAGAGAACAACAUUGGGAACUCUCUCCCUCGAACCUUGCCCAGCGCCAUCACAAACCUCCCUGAGCCCUUUGUCAUAAAAACUCACACCAAGGAGAAGGUUCAGGAGACUCAGAUUUAAAGCCCCCCACACAACCCCCCUCCCCAGCCACGUCCAAAUCCCCAUAGCCACCCCUCUCUUCUCAUAACUACAUGCAAUAGAAUGCACAACGGGGGAAAAGACAGGAACUUUCUUUUUUUGUACAGAGUGCAAAACUUAAAAAGACUGAACAUUUCUUGUUGUACAUGCUUAUAAAUAAAUCUAUAUAUGAAACUAUUGAAAGUACCAUGGACUGGUGAUAGAGAAGCAUAUUAUAUAAAAAAUAAAUACAUUGAAACUAUUUUCUAACUUGUAACUUCUAUUUAAAAAGACGAGUUGUUUAACAUACGAUCUUGACUUUGAGAAAUGAGGGUAGACUUGUUCAAAUAAAGAGGCAUUCUGUGUGAUUUUUAAACCAAUGCUACAGAGAAUGCAGUGAAAAGAGAAAAAACAUUUAUACUGAGAAGACUUUCUUUAAGAAAAAAAACAUUCAAAAAAAGGUCAGUGUUGGAUCUUUACAGGUUUAUCUUGUAAAAGCACCAUGAAUUUGUAUUGUGCCAAAUGUUACAAAUGCAAUAAAAAUGAUUUUUGGAGAGAGAGAAAAGCAAA